GGAGCUAGCCGACUGAAAAUGUCGUGCUUAACAGAACACUGUAAAGCUGUUCUUCUCUGCCUCAUAUAUGCCUUAGAAAGAAAAUAAAUUUAAAAUGUUCCCACUCUGUCACAGAACAGAACCUCUUGUACUCUCCCUCUCUCUCUCCUUUCACUCUCUCAAUAUAAACCCUUUCUCAACUUCUUCAACUCACCCUAACACACCAAGCCAAAAGAGAAGAAAAAGAAAACUAAAGAACUGUUUUCUCUAAGUAUCACUAGCUAAUCCACUCUACUAUUCAUCACUACUCCCUACUCACUUCACUUCACUAUAUAACGAAAAACUAAGCCUGACCCAAUUCAGUUUAGGCCGAAGGGUACUCGAGGAUUAUACAAGAUUUCCCAGAUGCCAUCCGAGACCGGAGAGCAGUGCCGGCGGCCACCGUCGAAGACCCAAAAUUCAGGAAGUGCUGCGGCACAGCCUCCACCGGAGCAAGAGCAUUUGCCUUGCCCUCGGUGUGACUCUACCAACACCAAGUUCUGUUACUACAACAACUACAACUUCUCUCAGCCUCGCCACUUCUGUAAGUCAUGCCGACGCUAUUGGACUCACGGAGGGACCCUUCGAGACAUCCCUGUCGGGGGCGGCAGCCGUAAAAAUGCCAAGCGCUCUCGCACCACUUCCAUCAACUCCUCUGGUCUCUCCGAUCACCACCUUCACCACCACGCCUUGUCCGCCACGCCGGUUUUGCUUCCUCUCUCGGCCAACCAUCAGGGCGGCGGCGGUGGUGCGUCGGCGUUGCAUUUUGGUGAUGUGAAGCCCAACGUUGGUGGGCUUUGCGGUGGGAGCUUUACUUCUCUGUUAAACACUCAAAGCCCGGGAUUCCUUGCUCUUGGUGGAUUUGGGCUUGGGCUUGGUGGUGGGCUUGAUGAUUUGGGCUUUGGGAUUGGGAGAGGGAUUUGGCCUUUUCCUGGGGUGGGAGAUGGUGGCGAUGGUGGAGCUGGUGUAGGUGGCAAUGGUGGUCUUAGAGGGAUUGGUAACACGUGGCAUUUUGAGAAUGGUGAUCAUCAUGGCGGAGCAGCCCUUGUUGGCGGCGGUGGAGAUUUCUGUUCGUGGGCUGAACCAGCUAUUUCAACCCCCGGAAAUGGUCUCAAAUGAAAUUAAUCCUCUUUCUUUGUUCAUUUUUUUUUUCUUUUCCUGGUUUUUUAAAAAUGGAAAUUUAAGGUGUUCUUUUCUUUUCUUUUUUUUAGUUUUGAGGUUUAAUUAAAAACUAGGUAAGAUAUCAGAAUAUUAAGAAGAGAGUACUUACUAUGGCCUUUUUCUCUUAACUUCUUCUGUCCUUUUUUUUUCCUCUUUGUAAUCACUGUGUUAUAUAUGACAUUGUUAAUUAGUUUCAGACACAUUUGUUUGGCUUGGAUCUCUAUAUAUCAGGUCGAGACUA